UUGGUUGCCAACUCAGCAAAACCCAAUGGACGGCGACAUUCGGCUCAAGCGACCGCUGCCCGACGACGAUAGUGCUGCAGCAACAGCAUUGAAUCACGGGAGUGCUGCCGCUGGUCUGGACGCCGGCGGUGCUGCGGCGAUGGGGACGGACGCGGUGGUGAUCGUCGCGGCUCCUGCUGUCAAGCGGCACCAGCCAUCCGCGGACGACGAUGGCGACGCGGGUUCAAGCAGUGCUCAUGGCCAACGCUCAGACGAAAGCCACGCCAAGAGGACGCCGUACAUUGAGGCCAGUGGAGCGACUGCAGCGAGCAGCAUGCCGCCGCCGACUGACGCACGAUUAGCAUUCGCAGCCGAAAGCAAAGGCAGCGGCAGUGGUAGCGUGGACGAGACUGAUGCAACGACUGCUGCGACGAGUGCUACGACGACUGCAAUGGACAAGAGCACUCCAUCGGACGCGUCGUGCCCACCACCGGAAGGCCGUGCACCAGAUCAAGUUGCCGCCAGUCUCAUCGACCAGCCAUUACCGCCGCCUCCUGCCGCCACCGCGACUGCUGGACGGCCAACACAGACGACUCCGCGGGAGCCAGCAAGCCACUCGUGGAGCUCGAAUCGCGAGUUUGCGAACGCUAUCGAGUCGCUGGCGACGUGGAACCGCCACUUGGCCCACGCAGCCGGGAUGCGAUGGCCGCUCUCAGAUGUUCAGACAGGCUCGAUCUUUUAUGGACACCGACGACACGGGUGGAGCGUCACGACAGAGCCUCCGCCAUCCCUACACGGCCCUGCCGUUUUUGAUGGGCGAUGGAGGGUGACGUGCGGAAGCGGCGUGUCGGACGUCGAAGCGCGCCGUCGCCUCCAGGCCAAGCGACGUGCCUCACGAGCACAUGCGAGCUCCGAGCCCCUCUUGCUGGCAACACGACCUCCCGCUCACAUACUUCCCCCAGUCAAACCACCGGCAUCGAAAGAGGCCGACGUCAAACAGAGUCCAAGCGAUUCUUCUGAGGGAUCCGCGUCCACCAGCAUCAGCAGCAGUAGCGGAAACCAACGUGCCGAUCUGCACCGCAUCGAGCUUCCCUCAGUCAUCGUGCAAGAGUCUGGCCACAUUUUGGGCACCGAUACAUCCAUCAACACCACACACCAUCACCAACACCCGCUAGAUUUUGCCAACAAGAUUCCAAUCACCCUACAGCAACGCAUGCAGCUGGCUUCCCUGGUUGGAACAGCGCACACGCUUCGUUACAUGACGUUAUCACACGCAGGUGCUGAGCAAACGCCUUACGACCCUUCAUGGACUGGAGCCGAAUCGCAAGAGUUGAUUCGAUUGUUGUGCGCACUUCCGCUUCGCAGACCCACUGAUCGUGAGCUGAGCCACAUGUCGCCUCUACAACGCGAGCGGCCAUACUGUUGCAAAGUUUGUGGAAAGCUCUACAAGAAUCCAAACGGAUUGCAGCACCACUACGCUCACUGGGACCAUGGCCCAACUGAUCAAGCCAUAGUGACUGCCCUCAGAUGCUUCACAGCCAAGCCACGGAACAAGGACGACGUGCAAAUCGCCUGCGCGACGUGCUUGCGUGGAUUUGACUCGGAAACAAAGCCGCUAUGCUGUUCGAGUUGCUCCCUUUGCUAUCACCCUGCUUGUGCCUACGUGGCAGUCACUGCCGUUGCCGAGGCAUCAUCCUACCCGUGGGAGUGUUUGCAUUGCAAAACGUGUGAGGUUUGCGGCACUGCAAUUGAGCAUCAUCCGAGCGUUGUCUGCGACAAGUGCGAUCGCACCGCUCACGCUGCUUGUCGACGAAAUGCAGGUGACACUCAAGCAUGUCGGUACUGCCAAAAGUAGUCGUACUCGUACUAGCGCAUUUUGUUUUAUUAGAAUACAUUGUGUUAUUGGUCUUA